AUGGUGUCCCAGAGGGAGCAGGCGGCGGCGGCGGGGCGGGCUCCCCGGCUGCGGGAAAGGGACGACGGCGCGGCCACCGGCACCCGAACGGCUGCGGGCGAGGACGCCGCUCACCUCCUUCCCCGCCGCCCACCGCCCGAGGGCCGGGCGCCGCAGCCCACCUGCAAGCCGAGGGUGGGACCCGGGCCGGGAGGCGGGUCCAGCGUGGUCCGGAGCGGAGGUGGGUCCCGGCUCAGGUGCGGGUCCGGAGCGGACGCGGAGCACCGGGGAGCGCGGGCUCACCUCCCGCCCCCACUCAGCCCUGCUCAGCCCCCUCGGGCGCGUUCGCGAGCGGCCCGGGCUCGGGCUGAGGAUGGAGCGCGGCCAGAAACCCACAAGCCCGGCAGCCGCGGCGCUGGCGGCGGCGGCAGGCGGCAUCCCAGGGUGAUAGGCCGAAGCAAUCGAGAGCCGAGCGCAUGGCCGCGUGUGCAAUCCAGUAACCGAGCGGAGGAGGAACUGCCGCCGAAGACAGCAAAAAUCGGGCACCGAAAUACUCAUCGGGCCAGACCCGCCUACUUUUCUAAGACUCUUGCGGCUCUGACCACCUCUAGUCAUCUUGGAGGAAACGCCAUAGUCCUUCCAGAAGGGAGAUCUGGCCCCGGGUCUUGGAUUCUGAGAUCAGUGCGAGAUCCCGGCUUUGCGCCCUGCCCGUCCUGGAGCUGGAUUUAUCUUCAGUUUAGAAUAGCAUGGCUACGAUGUGUGGUGUGGAUGGAUAGACGAGCCCCGCAAGUGCCAACAGGACAGCCCAGGUUACCUGCCAAAGCAGCCACCAGUGGGACAGGACCAAACAGAGACAUCAGAGAAACAUCUGGUCUGAUUCAUCAGGGCAACAGCAACAUUUCUAUUUAUACACGAGCACAGCCCUAUCUUCAUAGCUCUCAGCUGUUGCUCGUUGCUCCCCCUUCCAACCUUGUCUGUCCCUCAUCAAGACAGCAUCCUGCAUCCCGGCCGGCCUGUAAGCAGAACCUAAUGUAAUAAAAGAAACAUUGCAUUCCUUACUUCCUAAAAGGGUUCUGAAUUUUAAAGGAACUGUU